AUGAUCUCGUUCUUACUUCCCACGCCUUCGCCAUUCGACCUCGCCAUCACGGGGAUCGGAGGCUGGCUCUUGCUAUCCGGCGCCGUCUCCUCUCUCUUCAAAAACCGGUACCACCUCUCGUACGCCACCCUCUCCUUCCUCGCCGGAAGCUUCCUCGCGUCCCUCACCGACUCGGUACAGCCUGUGCACUUUGUUGAAGAUGGCAGCAUCGACGCAGUCACCACCUUCACGCUGGACUUGAGCCGGGUUGUCCUUGGCAUCCAGCUGCUCUUCGCAGGCGUUGGGCUGCCGAGCCGCUACCUUCGCACAGAGUGGAAGUCUCUCGCCCUCUUGCUCGGCCCCGGACUUGUCGUCAUGUGGAUGUCGACCACCCUCGUCAUCUGGCUCCUCGUAGGGGGCGAUGGCAUCUCCUUCGCCCACGCGGCGGCCGUAGCCGCCUGCGUCGCCCCCACCGACCCGAUCCUCUCGUCGGCCAUCCUCGAGGGCCACUUCGCUGAGCAGAACACCCCCAAGGCCCUGCGCGACCUCAUCAUCGCCGAGUCGGGCGCAAAUGACGGUCUCGGCUAUCUAUUCGUGUUUGGCGCCCUCGCCCUCGUCAAGCACGCCACCGUCGGAGGCGGCGCACAGGGUAUCGGCCAGACGCUAAUCUCCUACCUGGGCUACACAUGCCUGUGGGUGGUCGGGGCCAGCGUCGCUUUCGGCUGGGUCGCCGGUCACCUGGCUCGCGUCGUCCUUCGCUGGGCAGACAAGCGUGGGUUCAUCGACCGGGAGAGCCUGCUCGCUUACUCGGUAGCCCUCGCGCUCUUCCUCCUCGGGACGUGCGGAAUGCUCGGAAUCGACGACGUGCUUGCCUGCUUCGUGGCAGGGAACGCCCUCACGUGGGACGACUGGUUCCGUCUCGAGACCUUGGAUGACAAGUUCCAGCACGCGGUGGACGCGAUGCUGAACCUUGUCAUCUUCAUGUGGCUCGGCGCCCGGUGUCCAUGGUCGACGUUCUGGGACGGCGAGUUCAUCGACCUUUGGCGCCUUGUGCUCAUCGGUCUGGGAGUGCUGCUGUUCCGCAGGCUGCCGGUUAUCAUGGCAUCGUACCGCGGGAUCAACCAGAUCGAGGGCGCAUCACAGGGCCUCUUCGUGGGCUACUUUGGCCCCAUUGGCGUGUCGGCCGUGUUCUAUCUCUGCAUCGGCCUGGAUUACCUCGGCAACCUGAGGACGCAGUACAAGAACGCCCCGGCGUCCAUCGAGCGGCUGCAGCAGCUGAUGCUCACCAUCGUGUGGUUCCUGGUUGCUUCCAGCGUGAUUGUCCACGGCUUCAGUGUGCCCGCGGCCAUGUUCGGGCUUCAAAUGAGAGACAUGUUGUCGUUGCCACUGCAGAGCGCCUCGCCAACAGGACGGAUUGCUCUGCCCUGA